CUAUAUCAAUGCAAAGAACAUUCGCAGCUAGCUAGCAAGGUUACCUUUAUACACUAUUUCGUUAAAAUUCUCAGCCUUUGCUUGUGAUUUUGUUUCCGCUUGUUAACCUUGAAAAUGGCACAUUACCAAAACCAGUACGGAGCAGCCCAAACUAUCGCGUAUGGCGACGUUGUCCCCACAGACGAAUACGGCAAAGAUUUCCGCACAGACGAAUACGACAAAGUUAACCGCACAGACGAAGGCGGCACCGUUAUCCGCACUGGCGGCAAAGUUAUCCGCAAAGACGACUACGGCAACGUUAUCCGCACAGACGAAUACGGCAAAGUUAUCCGCAAAGACGAAUACGGCAACGUUAACUGCACAGACGAAUACGGCACCGUUACCCGCACAGGCGGCAAAGUUAUCCGCACAGACGAUCACGACAACGUUAACCGCACGGACGAAUUCGGCAACGUUAUCCGCACAGACGAAUACGGCAACUUUAUCCACACAGACGAAUACGGCAACGUGAUUCCUACGGAUGAGUUUGGCUACCCAAUCCGCCCCAGAGGCACUAUUCUCCAAGGUGUGCAGCACAAGCUUCAUCAUGACCAUGCUGGUAAGCUUCAUCAUGAUGACCAUUCUGGCAAGCUUCAUCACUCUGGAAGCUUAAGUUCCCCUGAGUACGAUGGUCAAGGUGGCUGCAACGUUAUCAUCAUGAAUUAUCAUCAUUAUCAUCAUGCAGAGAAGAAGGGUGUGAUGGCAAAGAUCAAAGCGAAGCAUCACGGGCACCGUACUACUUCUCAUGAUCAGCAUGACCAGCACUACUAGUUGUUGCAUUUCUAAACGUACCUACGUGCGUAGGUGUGUGUAAAAUGCUCCUUUGUAACUUAGGAUUAGACUGUAUCAUAAUUAAGGUCCAGAUCCGGUUCGUAGGAGGUUUGCUUAAUUAUAGGCUAAAGCACGUCUUUAAUAAGAGAUGCAUGCGUACGUACGUGCAUGCAUAUGCUGGGGUGUGUGUUGUAUGAGCACAUGAGUACUCUUCUAGCAUAUUAAUAAAUAUUAAUACUGGAUUAAUGUAUAUAUAUUGCUGUAUGUAGUUUUUGGUUAAUAUG